AUGGGCUCAGCUCUCCCACAAAACUUCCAGAAAGAGCUCACCUGUGCCAUCUGCCUGAAUCACUGUAUCGACCCAGUCACCAUGGGCUGUGGGCACAGCUUCUGUUGUUCGUGUCUCUAUGUAUCCGGGGAGAAAGCAGAAAGCCCUACUUGUUGUCCCGUGUGCAGGGAACCAUCAGAGCAGAACAUCUUCAAAACCAAUAUUACCCUGAGAAAUCUGGUGUCCAUGGCCAGAAAAGCCAGUCUGCGGCAAUUCCUGAGCUCUGAGGACAAUAGGUGUGGGCUGCACAAGGAGACAAAGCAGAUCUUCUGUGAAGACCACAGGAGCCUGCUCUGUUUGCACUGCUCCAGCUCUCAGGAGCACGAGGCCCACAGACACUGCUCCGUGGAAGAGGCUGCUGAGGAGCACAGGGAAAUGGGUGAAGUCAUUCAAAGUUCAACCUUUUCAUCAGAAGCCAAUGAUCAACUGAAAUGGUGUUUGAGAGUAUACCCAAAAGGGCAAGAUGAAGAAAGCAAAGAUUACCUGUCACUUUAUCUGUUUCUGGUCAGUUCUCCAAAGACUAUAUUAUUGGCAAAAUUCAAAUUGUCCAUUCUGAAUGACAAUGGAGAAGAAAUCAAGUCUUUGGAGAGUCGCCAUGCAUAUAGAUUUGUACAAGGCAAAGACUGGGGAUUCAAGAAAUUCAUCCGAAGAGAUGUUCUCUUGGAUGAAUACUACAGGUUUCUACCUAUUGACAAGCUGAACCUCUUCUGUGAGGUGAGUGUGGUGCAAGAUUCCGUCACCAUUUCUGGCCAGAAUGCCAGGAAGAUGGUAAAGGUUCCCGAGUGCCAGCUGGCUGAUGAGCUAGGAGGACUUUGGGAGAAUUCCUGGCUCAUAGACUGUUGUUUUUGUGUGGCUGGCCAGGAAGUCCAGGCUCACAAAGCGAUCUUAGCAGCUCGCUCUCCAGUGUUUAGGGCCAUGUUUGAACAUGCAAUGGAGGAGAGCAAAAAGAAUCCAGUGGAAAUAAUUGACAUGGAGCCUAGCGUAUUUAAGGAAAUGAUGUGCUUCAUUUACACUGGGAAGGCUCCCAACCUGGACACAAUGGCUGAUGGUUUGCUGGCAGCUGCUGACAAGUAUGCCCUGGAGCGUUUGAAGGUCAUGUUCUGUAUUGAUGAUUCGAAAGAGCAGAAUAUGAAUGUCCAGGAGGGACUCUUUCUUCUGGGCUGUGCUAAAACCCACAUCCACUACAAUGUCUUCACCACCUCCCCACUUUUACUGCAGUAUGUGCCCAAACCUGUUGGCACAGUUGGGGUAUCCCUGGAUCAUGAAGGUGGAAGUUUGACCUUUAUAAAUGUAGCUCAAAUUUCCCUUAUAUGGCCUCUGCAGCAUGGCCACCACCAGGCGGUUCAGAUGCUCUUGCAAGUGGAGCAGGGGGAGGGGACACCAUUCCAGGUGCUCAGACACAUCACCAAGCGCUCCUCCUGGAUCCACUCUGAGCCCUGGAGAGUCUGA